AAAAGCUUAAAGCUGGUCACAAUUUUUCAAGCAAAUGUCAGUGAAAUAUGGAAGAUUCAGCUUCUUUACCGAGGUGCGUAACCUUGAUGAACGGAUUUGUCCUCCUCAUGUGUUUGGACCGUGUGUGUGUGUUUCCUCUCUCCUCCUGUCAGCUGCAGGGAGUCUGGAUGCCUGGAUGGGAGCUUGAACAAACCAGUGAGAGACAUAAAGAGGAACUGAGGGAGAGAGCGAAAGAGAGAGAGAGCAUGCACACACACACACACACACACACACACACACACACACACAGCUUCAGGAGCACAUUCUUACACGCCACAAAGCAGUUGCUUGGACGACCGAAGACAGAACGAAAGACGGGAAUCACAACACAGAGGAGAGGAAAAGGAAGAAGAACGAGAGUGGGUGGGGGGAAAAAAAGAUCUCCGGGUUCUGGGUGUUAAAAAGUGUUUGUUUCGAGACAGGAUUGUGUGAAGAUCAUCUUCUUAAAGAUUAAAAUAUUCCUUUCUUUUAGAGAGAUCUUGUGGGGGAAAUUACUACAAAGCAAGCAACUCCUCCAGCAGGAUUCAAAGGCCAGAGGCUGUGCUCCAGCAGCCUAGUGAAAGACAGAAUUAACGACUGUGACCUUGUCCUCGAGAGCAGCCAUUUACCAAUAACCUGGCACUCUCUGGAGACUGCUGCAUAAUUCAGACCGGUUUCAUCGCAGUUUCACUGUAUGUGGAGAUAACAAACGGGUACACCAGGCCAGCAGUGAUAUAACUGCCUGUUUGUCUCGUAAUACCAUGGAUUCAGAGGAUGAACCCUUGUUGCUCCAGGCUAUGUGGGACUUUAGUGAGUAUGAGGAACAAGAUGAUGAUGAAGAGAAGGAAGCCUGCAAUGAAGGUGUUGAAGUGAUCAGCGGAGAGCCGGUCUGUAGAGGAUUGUGGUGGGUGGUAGGAUGGAUUUACACUCGACCCUGGGCCAGUGGAGUGGUUCUUGUUGUAGGCUUCCUGCUUCCCUUAACUCUUUCUACCUACAUGUUUGUCUACUGCGAGCCCCUGGACAUUGAUCUCUCCUACAGUGCCUUUGAAGUAAGGAGCCAUUCAUCUGCAGAGCGCUUCGAUGCACUCACUGUUGCACUGAAAAGCCAGUUAGGGUCUUGGGAUAGACACCGGCGUGAUGCAGAGGGGUUUGAUUUUGAAUCGAAUGCCCUUAGGGAUUUGCUGUUGCUGAAAUUAAACAGACAAGAGAAACAGCCAGUGGUCACCAAUCAGACACGAUUAUCUGAGGUUAGACAGGGUAAAUUUGAGGUAGCACAAAAGCAAGAAGACAGAAUUAACACUAAAACAGAGCAAAUGAUGAAAAUGUUGGAUGAUGAGAAACAAGAGGGGAAAAUGAGACAAGCCAGAAAUGGGACACAAUCGAACAGAACACAAGUGAAUGAGGAAUCAAGCUCAGCUCUUGUCAGAAAGGCAAGAUUCGCAGGUUACUCCUACCUUCAGACCCAGGCUCUCUGGAGGAUGGAGCUGGUGUUUGUGGCUCAGGGUGACAAGGAUAACAACAUCUUCACCCCGGAGCGUCUUCAGACCAUCCACCACGUGGAACGACUCCUCAUGCAACAUCCACAAUUCCAGCAGUUUUGUUGGAAGCCUCUGGAAGUGUUGAGGGACCUUCCUCUAGGGCCUUCAUACUGCUCACCCCCUAGCUCCCUCCUCUCCUACCUCUUCCCCAGCGAGCGAGGAGGGAAGAUCUACUUUGACGGUAUGGGCCCAGACUUGGCAGAUAUACAAGGUGCUUUGAGUCUGGCGAUCACCCACCCCCAGUUUUAUUGGUAUGUGGAUGAGACACUCACUCCAGACAGCCUUCAUUCCUCCCUCCUCCGCAGUGAGAUCCAUUUUGGAGCACCACUGCCAUCCUUCUACUCUCUACAAGACCGGCCCAUGGAGCAGAGACGAAGAUUCAGGGACUUUGUAGUCCAGUAUGCUGAGAUUCUGGCUCAGCAGUCCACCAGCAAGGUGAAAGUGCUGUAUGGGGGUACAGAGCUUUUUGAUGAUGAGGUCAGAAGGACGUUCCACAGCGACAUGUUGCUGGCAUUAUUCAGUGGCGCCUGUAUAGCAGUGCUGGUCUAUAUCCUCACUUCUUUCUCAUUGUUUCUGACAUUCUUUGGCUUGGCUAGUAUCGGCCUCAGCUGCCUGGUGGCGCUGUUCCUCUAUCAUGUGGUGUUCGGGGUAAAGUACCUGGGCAUUCUCAAUGGUGUGGCAGCCUUCAUAAUCAUUGGUAUUGGUGUGGAUGAUGUGUUUGUGUUUAUCAGUACGUUCAGGCAGGCAGUUCAUGUUGUAGGAGCUGAGCAGCGUAUGAUCCACACGGUGAAGACGGCAAGUCGUGCCACCUUCCUCACCUCCUUCACCACGGCAGCCGCAUAUGCAGCCAAUGCCUUCUCCCAGAUCCCAGCGGUGCAUGACUUUAGUCUGUUCAUGUCUCUCAUCGUGAGUUGCUGCUGGCUCUGGGUGUCCAUUCUAAUGCCCGCUGCCCUCUGCAUUUGGAAUCAGUGUGCUGCUGCCUGCGCUAACGCCUGUCCAAAAUGGUGGAGCACUCUGAAUACUCUCUCAGUCAAUCUCAGCCCUCUUUCUGAUGAGGAUGAUGAUGUGGCUCUUUUGACUGUAGAGACAGAAGCAGAUCUCAAUGAUUCCGAGUUAGAUGCGGCUCUGCUGCCGCUCCCAGAUGGAUCCACGGAAGGGAACAUUGGGUUGGUCAGUGCCAAGCUCCAGAGGGCCCUGCGAUCCUGGGUGGCUGAGCCUACAGUGAAGAGACGUAAGGCAAUUAUAGCUCUAUAUGUUGUGCUACUGCUUGCUUCAGCAUGUUGCUGUAGCCUCCUUAAACCAGCCAGUCAUGCUCCUGCACUCUUCCACCACAACACCAACUUACAGCAACUGCUGGAUCUCCGUAGCAACCUGAGUGCCCAGGGGAUCUCGUGUCACAUGUGUUCAGGAGUGUUUAUGGAAACGCCACACAGCUUGCACAGCAGCGUCCACGCCAUGAGCUCGACAUCAAGGAAAAACUCCCCAUCAAGCCAAGCUGAAGGGAGUCCGAGACAGCAAAACACCCUCAACGCCACACACACGACAACAGAUGGCGUUUUGACAGUUUUUGUGUCUAAACUGGAGGUAGAUGCACCUGUUACCCUCUACCGCUACUCCCUUAGUGCCAGCAUGCCCGCUCCCUGGAGAGCACUGAGCCCCAGGCAUGGAGACGUGCCAUCAUUUCAGGCUUAUAACAGUCGCCAUGGCAACUUUAGUGCACGGCUUACGGUGUGUGUGUCGCAUGCCUACCAUCCACGGCCACGAUGGAUGUUGACCUUGGGGUCUUGUGACCCUCGGCACGGCUGGAGGCCGGACUUUAGCUUCUUUGUGGCAUCUAGUGAGCAGAAAAACAGCAGGAAGUUGUAUUUUGCCCAGAACACCCUAAGCCCAUACCCUAGCCGUGUGUGUGAUGGACCGCCAGGCUGUAUGGUCAGUUCUGGGCAUGACGGACCCACUCAGGGCAGUUUCUACACCCCUGUGCCUGCAGCCCCUAGAGAGGUGAAGAGUUCAAAGACAUCUGGCUUUAACCCAUGUAGUGGAGGCGGAUGUGGCAAGCCAGCAGUACGCCCCCUGGUGGACACCGGAGCCAUGGUGUUCGUUGUGUUCGGGAUACUCGGGGUUAAUCGCACUCAACGUUCAGACAACCAUGUCAUUGGAGACCUGGGCAGUGUGAUCUACGAUCCUGACUUUGAUCUCUUCAAUGAAAUUGGUCACUUGUGCCGACUCUGCAAAGCCAUCGGUGCCAAUACACAGCUUGUCAAGCCUGGCGGGGCACAGUGCUUGCCUUCAGGCAACAGUCUCACAUCUAUUCUUCCUCUCCUCCACCCUGAGUGUCAGUCUCUUCCCGAGCCCAACCUCCUGCCUGGCCAACUAUCCCAUGGUGCAGUGGGUAUGCAGGGGGGGCGAGUACACUGGAUCUCCAUGGCUUUUGAAUCAACCACCUACAAAGGGAAGUCCUCGUUUCAGGCCUACUCAGAUUUCCUGCAAUGGGAGAGCUUCCUGCAGGAGCAGUUGUCAUCUCUCCCACAAAGUUCAGCUCUGCGACGGGGCUUCCAGACCUGCCAGCACUGGAAGCAGAUAUUCAUGGAGAUCAUAGGUGUGGAGAGCGCGCUAUACAGUCUGCUUCUGUCCUUGGCCAUCUGUAUAGCAUCUGUCGCCGUGUUUACUGUCCAUCCUCUACUGUUGCUGCCUAUCCUGCUUAGCAUUCUGGGUGUGGUGUGUAUGGUGGUGGCAGUGAUGUACUGGUUGGGUUGGGAGAUGGGUGCGGUGGAGGCAAUCUCUCUCUCCAUCUUAGUUGGCUCGUCAGUGGAUUACUGUCUGCACCUGGUUGAGGGCUUCCUGCUCGCUGGAGACACAGAAAACAUGGGGACUGUCAGUCACAGCACGGACCCAUCGACCGAGCGUCAGCGGCGAACACUGGAAGCUGUCAAUCAUGUUGGAGUUGCCAUAGUAUCCAGCGCAAUCACGACUGUGAUAUCCACUGUGCCAUUGUUUUUCUGCACGAUUAUGCCUUUUUCAAAGUUUGGCCAGAUUGUGGCUAUUAACACUGCCAUCUCAAUAUUAUUCACCCUCGUCGUGACCACAGCCCUACUAGCCACAAUGGGGCCUUCACACUUCACUCGGCCACCCCGAGCGGUUCUCAAAGCCAGCCUGGUGGUUCUUGGGGUGGGGCUCUCAGGGUGUCUGUUCUGGUGGACUGGAUCACAGCUGAUGCCCACUAGCUGGAGCUCACUUAUUACUUAGACCAGAUGUCUGCUGAUCUGAAAAAGACUGAAGAGUCCAAAUGAAUUAAAACAGAAUUGUUGUGUAGUGACACAGCAACUGAAUGUACUUGGUGUGUAAAUUAUUAGGAUGUACAUGAUACUGUAUACAUGAUACUGUACUACUAUGUUACAAUUAAAAGGGCGGUCCUCGUGGGACAUCUUAAAGGAAAGCUC